AUGUUUUCUAAAAAGCAAUCUGAUGGAUCGAGGAGGUUGCUCGAGAAAAAAAUGUACCUCGCUCGAGAACGUCCAGAUGAUAUAUUUGAUCUGUCUUCGUGUGAACUUAAAAUGAUUCCUGAAGGAACUUUUUCACUUGUUAAAGUUUUACUAAAAACAAAAUUGUAUUUACAACAAAAUUCCUUACAAAAACUUGAUUCCGGUGGUAAACUAACAUAUCUUCAAAAUAUUGUACUGCUUGAUAUAAGUUCAAAUGAAUUUCAACAAUUACCUAAUAAUAUUUCUGAGUUGAAAUGUUUACAGGUUUUAAAUGCUUCAAAAAAUCUAUUAUCAACAUUACCAUCUACCAUAACAUCUCUUUCUCAACUUUUAUUUCUUAACAUUGAAGAUAAUCGUCUUACUGAAUUACCAUCAGAUUUUGGGAAAUUACAACAUAUUACUAAACUUUAUUUGAAAAAUAAUCCUUUGUCAUCUUUACCUAAACAAUUGUGCUAUUUGAAAGAUUUGAAAGAAUUAACUCUUUCCUGCGAUCAUAUACAAUAUCCUACUUCAGUUAUAUGUAAACUGGGACUGACAGCAAUAAUGGAUUAUUUAUCUCAAGAAGAAGGAAUGAAAUGUUGUAAUGUUGUUGUGAAUCAUGAAAAUAAGAAUAAUACUUUUAAUCAAAUGAAUGAACAAAAUAUGCAAAUUUGUUCCAACAAUACAGCAACACCAUCAUCAUCAUUAACUAAUUAUACUAAAAAACGAAACGAAGAAAAUCUUCUAGCCUUAGAAUUAGAACGUCAAUCAUUGGAAAGUCGUUGGACCGAACAAGAAUUAAAUGCUAAAUUGAAUCAAAAUAAACAAAUACUUGUACAAUUAGCAGAAGAAGAAGCACGUGUUUGUGCUGAAUUAUCUGCUAUACAAGAUAAACGAAAACAACAACGUUCCGCAUUAAUUUCUAAUGUUACACUAGCUGAACAGAAUGCUGCUGAUAUAAUCAAACAAAUACUGACAAUUAAUAAAUCAGCAAAGUUGAUAGAGAAGAUGGAAGAUGUGUUCAAUGCACAUCAGUUUAGUUCUACUGAUUAUACAGCUUUGUCACAAUCGAAACGAAAAGAAAUCCUAGCUUCAAUGCAAGAAAUGUUGUCAAUUACAGACAAUGCUUAUGCAGUUCAUACAAUGAAUUUGAAUUCAACUAAACUUCACAGUCUUUCAAAUAAUAAAGAUUCCACUAAUGAAUAUGUUGAACAAGUUCUAGCGAAUAAACGUGCUGAUCAUACAAAAUUAACCUUUAAUCUUAUGCUAGAGGAAAGUGUUCAAAAAGAAGCUUUUGCUCAGUUACAACGUCAAAAAGAUGGUCAAGUUGCAAGAUUACAAAAAGAGAUAUGCUUAGUAGAAGAAGAACUUUGCCGGCUUACUUUAGCUGAACGGUCACGUGUUAAUCAGCGUACUGAGGUUAAUCAACGUGUUCUUGAUGAGUGUAGAUCUGAACUACUACAAUUGUUAACUCAAUUAAUAGAUGAGCAACAAGAUCGUCAAAAGGAAUUACGAAAACGUUUGGAGGAAAUCGAACAACAAAAGAAAGACGAUCAAUUGGACUUUUGGUUGGUUCAAUAUCAACGUGUAUUAAAUUCAAAACCUGUCAAAUUACUUGAUAAGCCAGACUCAGAUGUUCAAAUAAUUCUUAGUAAUGCACAAUCUUUGGAAUUUCUGCCUAAUUUUCAACGACAUGCUAUUACCUAUUCAAUUAUGCAAUCUAUGACAGAUAGUGAUCUUAAAGAAAUUGGUAUUAACACUCUUGGAGCACGUCGUGAGAUUUUGAAGCAGAUCGGUUUGUACAAAAUGAAAACAAAUGAUGAAGACAAGACGUUAAAUACGAUAGAAUCACUUCCAACACCGUAUGUAACACCAUCAGCUCCGGAGGCUACAUUAUCGAGUAUUGUUGUAUCUGACGAAGUUGUGGCUCGUAUGGAAAAUGAGUGUUGUAUAUGUCAGGACGCAAUAUGCUCAACGAUAUUCCUUCCAUGUGGUCAUGUCUGUUGUUGCAAGAAAUGUUCUGAAAAUGUUCUUGAUUGUCCAUUGUGUCGUUCCAACAUACACAAUCGAAUUCAAUUACAUUUUUGA